AGUCACACGCCGGUUCAACUUGGCACGUGCCAAUCCAGAGAGAGAGAGAGAGAGCCUGGUCUCUUUUCUCUCCCUUCUUCAAAAAAAUUCAAUCUCAAGUUCCCAUUGCUCAUUGCUCAUUUCACUAACACCACUUGCUUCACUUGUUCAAAACUCUGCAACUUGGAGCUGACGGUUCUGCUUCAGGAUCCUUCCGAUCUGAUUUCUGCAUUGUGCGAGUGACGAGUGAGAGGAAGAUGAACGGAGGAGGUAGGCAGAGAUCUGGUACGGCGGGGGUGCACCAUCAGCGUCAGUACUCCGACAACUUUCUCGAUGGAUCUUCCAACAGCAGGUGGCUUCAAUCCGCUGGCCUUCAGCACCUUCAAUCCAAUAACAUUCCUCCGCUACAGGACUAUAACUUCUAUGGCGGAGGAGCUCAAGGAGGUGGGAGAAUGUACAGGAAUGCGCAGAGGAGCUUCAAUGGAGGAAAUGAGUUCUACAUGGAGCCUUCAACCCCUCCGGGUAAUUACCGUGCUUCCACGCAGAAGAAGAGUGACGAGGAUUCGCCCGGCGAUUUCAGCCCCGGCCUGUUGGAUCUGCAUUCUUUUGACACUGAGCUUAUUCCUGAGAUUCCAGCAACAAAUGCAUUUGAUGGCAACUCCUUGUAUAAACCUUCCCGUUAUAGAAGCUCUGAUGAUUCUGAACCUUAUAUGAUGGGCAAACAGACUAACAGAGGUCGUGCUCCUGAAAACGUCUUGAAAAGUUUUCCUGUUGACAAAGAAAAAUCAAGUUCUGUAGCAAAGAUCAAAGUUGUGGUUCGAAAGAGACCAUUAAAUAAGAAGGAAUUAGCAAAGAAUGAGGAAGACAUUAUAGAGACAUAUUCCAAUUCAUUAACGGUGCAUGAGACUAAACUGAAGGUUGACCUAACUCAGUAUGUGGAGAAGCAUGAAUUUGUGUUUGAUGCUGUCUUAAACGAGGAGGUUACAAAUGAUGAGGUGUAUCGUGAAACAGUGGAGCCCAUUGUUCCAAUAAUCUUUGAACGUACUAAAGCAACUUGCUUUGCAUACGGGCAAACGGGAAGUGGAAAAACUUACACUAUGAAGCCACUGCCACUUAAAGCAUCCAGGGACAUUUUGAGAUUAAUGUAUCAUACUUACAGAAAUCAAGGUUAUCAACUGUUUGUGAGUUUCUUUGAAAUCUAUGGUGGGAAGCUUUUUGAUCUCCUUAAUGACCGAAAAAAACUUUGCAUGAGGGAGGAUGGUAAGCAGAAAGUUUGCAUUGUGGGUUUGCAAGAGUACCGAGUAGCAGAUGUAGAACAAAUCAAAGAACUGAUUGAAAAAGGAAACGCCACAAGAAGUACAGGCACCACAGGUGCAAACGAGGAAUCUUCACGGUCACAUGCAAUACUUCAGCUUGCUAUCAAGAAGUUGAUUGAUGGCAAUGAAUCCAAACCUCCCCGCCCCAUUGGCAAGCUCUCCUUCAUUGAUCUUGCUGGAAGUGAACGUGGAGCAGAUACCACGGAUAAUGACAAACAAACAAGAAUAGAAGGUGCCGAGAUCAAUAAAAGCUUACUCGCCUUAAAGGAAUGCAUAAGAGCUCUUGAUAAUGAUCAGGGGCACAUCCCUUUCAGAGGCAGUAAACUGACUGAAGUCUUGAGGGAUUCAUUUGUUGGCAAUUCGCGCACUGUUAUGAUAUCUUGCAUAUCACCAAGCUCUGGUUCAUGUGAACAUACUUUAAAUACAUUAAGAUAUGCUGACAGGGUGAAGAGCCUGUCAAAAGGGAAUAAUUCCAAGAAAGAUGUUUUAUCUUCUACUAUCAACCUCAAAGAAUCAACCACGGUUCCAUUGUCUUCUGUUACUGCAUCAGCCUAUGAGGAUCGCACAACUGAGGUAUGGCAGGAUGAAAAUGAUGGAGAUGAUUUCAGUCCUCCUGAAGAUUACUACGAGGAGGUGAAACCAUCACUGAAGAAUAAUGCAAAGGUGGAAUCAUAUGCUACAACUGAAGACAAAUUAAAGAAACCUAGUGGUCAGGUCAAAUGGAAGGAUCUUCCAAGAUCUGAACCUAAAACGAUGCACUCAGAGGAUGAUUUAAAUGAACUCUUACAGGAAGAAGAGGACCUUGUAAAUGCUCACCGGACACAAGUAGAGGAGACCAUGAAUAUUGUUAGAGAGGAGAUGAACCUCUUGGUUGAAGCAGAUCAACCAGGGAAUCAGCUGGAUGAUUAUAUAACAAAACUAAAUGCCAUUCUUUCUCAGAAGGCUGCUGGCAUCAUGCAGUUACAGACUCGAUUAGCACAUUUUCAGAAACGCUUAAAGGAGCAUAAUGUGUUGGUUUCAUCUGUUGGUUACUAAGAUCAUUUGAAAUAUAGUUGGAGUCAUGUCAUGCAUUUCUAAGAUUGAGUUGGAGAAUAUGUGACAUGACGUACCACUCUUAAUAGUUGUGAUUCAUCAUUAUUUGGUAGCACCUAGGGGUUUCUCCUGGGCCCUGGGGAUUAGAAGGUCUUCAUUUUUCUCUUUACCCUUUUGAGAAUGUUGACUUGUAUUCGUUUUACGCCAGCUAUAAUGCUAAUGUAUCAAUGUAUAAAGUUCUACAUUGAUCUUUAAUUAA